UUCACUCAGGACUUACGGCUAAAUAUUUAUUUGUAUUAUUUAUAUCAUUUUGCCUGUCAAAAAGUCAAAAAGUCGCCUGGAAAUAUCAGUACCGAACAAUAUUAAUCCAGCAACGACAAAUAGACCAAACAUGAAAAAGAAAGCCAAAGCUAGUCCAAAAGGCAACAACUUCACGCAGCCAAAGGAACGAACCAACCAACAGAACAGCGAUAAGAAGUCAACGCCAGAAAAGCCUUCAGUAUGGCGAUCCAACUUUAAGGCAAAGACCAACGAGGGCUUACAGGCUGUCAGUGUGGCCGAAAGGUCAAGCCUCAAGGGUUGGGUGACAAGUGUCUUGGGCGAUGGCGUCACCCAGGCGGACAUGGGGCUGCGUUCGUGUGUCGUCUUCUGUCAACUGAUCGCCCAAAUCUAUCCGGGCUCCAUUGACACAUCGAACAUUAAGCUGAAGGCCAGGAUGGUGCAUGAGCGCGCCCACAACAUAGCUCUGCUGAAGAAGGCCCUGAAGCAGCAAGAAACUGGCAUGAAGGAGGCGGAGGUCACCAAGAGGCUGAACGGCAGCAGCAACGAUUUGUUCGAGUUCCUGAAAUGCCUGCAGGAGAUACAUGUGGCCAUUGUGCCACCUCGACCACCAGCUGUCGUGGCAGCUCCACCGAAGAAGCAGCCGCCAAAGGAACCCCUGCCAGAGACGAAGAGGGAGCCUACAGCCUGCGAUCUGAGUGCUACAAAGCAGGAGAUGGAUGUGCAUGUGGCCAUUGUGCCACCUCCACCGAAGAAGCAGCCGCCAAAGAAACCCCUGGCAAGCAUUGCUCCGAAAAAGAAGACACAAGUAAGAAAAGAAACGAAAGAAAAGCCUACAGCCUGCGAUCUGAGUGCUACAGUGGACAGCUCUGCCCUUACCUAUGCCAUGCCCCAGGAGGAGGAGGAGGAGGCUGUCCCCGCCCCAAAACCUGAGGAUCAUACACCAAAGCCCGGCGUGUCGAUGCUCCAAAAGCUGUUCAACUGUCAGGGGUUCAAGCGCGCCUUGGCCGAUCAUUUGAGCGUACUGGAUGAGUCCAGUUCGGAUGAUGAUGAAAUCGAAUAUACCCAGGAGCGCAUCGAUCGUAUUGCUCAAGGGUUCUUUGGAAUCAUUGUUGUAUGUAUUUAUGUAAUGCGUGAUGAGAUCAAGGCCAGCGGCGGUGCACGCACCGAAAAGGACAUCGUGCUGGAGUUCAUUGGCGAUAUUCGCCGGAUGCGCAUCGAUGUCAAGGAACACAAUCGCGACGGCACACCGAAAACUCUUUACGAAUUGAAGCACGCAUUUUUCUCGGCCUUUCAGCGGUUCGUUGACAUUUAUCAGAUCACUGCUGAUAUCAUAACUGUGCCCGAGGUAAUGACGGUCGAAGUGAUGCCUGUCCAUCGCCAUCCACGCUUCAAGUUCAACAAAAGGAAUCGCCAUUGGUUUCCGGAAUAUCAUCCCGAGACCAUGUUAAAUGGCGAAAGCCAAGAACACUUGCCAAUGCUGGCCAAGGGUCAGACGCUGCAGGAAAUGCUGCAGCAGUGGAACAUGACGCAUGGGAUCAAACAGGAGACAGAAGCCGAAAAGGAGCCACAGCCAGGGGCCGACACAAUCGAUGAGGUCCAGCUGGUGCCAGAACAGACCUCGGUGCCACAGUCCGUUCAUGUGGUUCCCUGUGAAGAGGAACAACAGGAGACAGGUGAGCAGAUGCCGAGGAUGGUGCCAGAAGCUAUCUCCUGGCCAUUCGAAGAGUUCCCACAGCUCGGUGUUGUCCAAGACGAAGAACGAACGAUGAAUCCCUGUGAAAUGGAGGAACCGGAGACAGGACAGAAAAUGCCGAAGAUGCCGCAACCGGAGAUGAUGCCAGAAGCGAUCUCUUGGCCAUUCGAAGAGUUCCCACAGUUCGGUGUGGCCCCGAAGGAGAACCGAGAGAUGAAUCCCUUUGAAAUGGAGGAACAGGAGACAGCAAAGGAGAUGCCGAAGAUAGUGCCAGAAGCGAUCUCAUGGACUUUCGAAGAGUUCCCACAGUUCGGUGUGGCCCCGAAGGAGAACCGAGAGAUGAAUCCCUUUGAAAUGGAGGAACAGGAGACAGCAAAGGAGAUGCCGAAGAUAGUGCCAGAAGCGAUCUCUUGGCCAUUCGAAGAGUUCCCACAGUUCGGUGUUGCCCCGAUGGAGGAACGAGAGAUGAAUCAAACCCAAAAAGAGUUGAAGGAAGUCGAGCGAGAGGCAUCGCCUGCUGCAUUCGAUGAGCCACAAUCGGAGCUGAUUUUCCCAACAGCAGAGACUGAUCCACACUCCGGCAUUGAGUCGUUGACGUUUGGUUUGUUCGAGAAUGACGAGCAGGGGAGCUUGCUGGAGACAGAAGCCGGCCAGCGGCCAGCAACGCCAGAGAUGGCCCAGAGCCUGAUGAUGCCAGAUUGCGGCCAAAUGGUUGCACGGAAGGUGCCUCGGCAGAGAGAAGUUAAGGCCGCCACAGCCCAGGAACUGAUGAUGCUCCUUGGAGGCGAUGACACUCUGGUACGCAAGAAUCCUGUUGCUCCGCAGGAGACAACCUCACCCGAGCGGAAUUUAGUUACGGAACAAUUCGUGUGGAAGACACCGCCUAAGCGCAAGACCGGCUCGCCGUUGCCGUUGCCAUUGCCGCCGCCAACGAUGAUGACUCUUCGUGCGGCGGUUAAUCUUUCGAUUGAUUUCCCCGAGGAGGACUUCGAUCGUUUGGUGAUGGUGGUGCCUCUGGAUGAGUCCCAAAUCGAGGGGCAGCCAGAGCAGCUCUCAACGGACGAGCAAUUGGAGUCGUCACCCGAUUUGCAGCAGCUGGAGCCGCAAGAGUCGACUGACUAAUUGUUGCCGCUCCCAAGUAAAAUUUUGUAUUUGUUUAUAUUUAUAUUUAUUUUGUUAAC